AUGGUUGGAAAAGAGCUUGUGCCGACUGCGACAAUCAAGUUUUUCGGUGCAGGAACAGCUGCAUGCAUCGCUGACCUGAUCACCUUUCCCUUGGACACCGCCAAAGUCCGAUUGCAGAUUCAAGGAGAGAAAGUAGAAGGAGCCAAUGCCGCAAAAUACCGGGGAGUGUUUGGCACCAUUACCACGAUGGUCCGCACAGAAGGGCCCAGGAGUCUGUACAAUGGACUAGUGGCGGGACUACAGCGACAGAUGAGCUUUGCUUCAGUCAGAAUCGGCCUUUACGACUCUAUGAAGCAGUUCUACACUCGAGGCACAGACAGUGCAGGGAUUGUGACGAGGCUCAUGGCAGGCUGCACCACAGGGGCCAUGGCUGUAGCGUUUGCUCAACCGACUGAUGUAGUAAAAGUGCGCUUCCAGGCGGAGGUUCGAACGGGAGAUGGUGGGAGAAGAUACAACAGCACCAUUGAUGCUUAUAAGACCAUUGCUCGUGAUGAAGGUGUGCGAGGACUUUGGAAAGGUUGCAUGCCCAAUAUCACUCGUAAUGCCAUCGUGAACUGUGCUGAGCUGGUGACCUAUGACAUGAUCAAAGAGCUGAUUCUGAAGUACGACCUCAUGACAGAUAACCUGCCGUGUCACUUCACUGCUGCCUUUGGAGCAGGCUUCUGCACCACUGUGGUGGCUUCUCCUGUGGAUGUGGUGAAGACACGCUUCAUGAACUCAGCAGCUGGACAGUACAGCAGUGCCAUCAACUGUACAUUUAUCAUGUUCAAACAGGAAGGACUCAACGCUUUUUAUAAAGGGUUCAUGCCAUCUUUUCUCCGAUUGGCAUCCUGGAAUAUUGUGAUACCAGCGCUCACAGGCUCAGGUUUCUCUAAACAAUCCCUUCUGUGGAAACCCAGUUUUAACUUUCUACAAAUUACGUUCUGUGGAUCAGAGGGAUGCAUUCAGAGAAUCCUGAUCCUGAGCUUUUGUCCAAACUUCUUUGAAGAUUUGAAACAAGCAUUCUUGCCUUUUACCCCAAUUAAAUCUUCAAAACGAACUGCAGCCUGUAUUGCUGACCUGCUCACAUUUCCAUUGGACACGGCCAAAGUGCGCCUACAGAUCCAGGGUGAGGCAGGAAAAACAGCCGAAUGCAAGACCUCUGCUGUCAAGUAUCGUGGAGUGCUGGGGACCAUGACCACUAUGGUCCGCACCGAGGGCCCCCGGAGUCUGUACAGUGGGCUGGUGGCAGGGCUGCAGAGGCAGAUGAGCUUUGCUUCAGUUAGGAUUGGCCUUUAUGACACUGUCAAACAGUUCUACACUAAAGGCUCAGAUCAUGUUGGCAUUGGCAGUCGCCUUAUGGCAGGAUGCACCACUGGAGCUCUGGCGGUUGCAGUUGCCCAACCCACUGAUGUGGUUAAAGUGCGUUUCCAGGCCCAGGCAAGAUCGACUGGUAACAUGAAACGCUAUUGUAGCACUCUCAACGCCUACAGCACCAUUGCCAAAGAGGAGGGAAUGUCUGGGCUGUGGAAAGGUACAGCCCCAAACAUCGCACGCAACGCUAUUGUGAAUUGUUCAGAACUUGUGACCUACGACUUUAUCAAGGACUUGCUCCUAAACAGCACUCCAAUGACGGACACUCUGCCAUGUCACUUUGUCUCAGCCUUUGGAGCAGGUCUCGUCACAACAGUGAUUGCCUCUCCAGUGGAUGUGGUUAAAACCAGAUACAUGAACUCUGCCCUGGGCCAGUACCGCAGUGUGCUGAACUGUGCGGUCACCAUGAUGUCCAAAGAGGGUCCUCAGGCUUUUUACAAAGGGUUUAUGCCAUCUUUCCUGCGUCUGGGCUCGUGGAAUGUUGUGAUGUUUGUGACUUAUGAGCAGCUAAAACGAGCAAUGAUGACCGUGCAUUUCAAUUCCAAACCUCUGUGA